AUGCGAUUACCGCAAAGUCGUCUAGAAUUUGACAGGGGAUUCGUUAUAAUCAUUGAUCGAUCCACGACCUCAUGGGGCGACGUCAAGACGACCUUGAUAAGAAUAGCGCAGGGAUACUUUCCCGGAAUCAUCCAAGGUGUCUAUGUCAUCAAACCAAGAGGAUUCCUCCAGAAGACCUUCUCAGAGAUGCGCUUCAAGGGCCUCAAGGAUGAAUUCAAAUUCAAGAUCGAUCUUGUGGACAGCACCUCCGAACUUCAUGCUCGGAUAGAUCCCUCGCAGCUUACAGGAGAAUUUGGCGGCACUUUGAACUUUGACCUCAAGGGGUGGAUUGAAGACAGAAUGGCCAUCGAGCGGUUUGCCAGCAACUGUCGGGAGCGGUCGACAACCGUUCGUGCCUUGACGGAAGAACUUCAACUGAUGGAGAUGCCCAACAACGCGGAGAAUGCCACAAUGAUGCUGAUCGAGCAACGGAAGCGUCGUAUGGAGGUCAAAGAGGACCUGGUGUCAGCGGUCAAGUACGGUCAGACGUUAUUAAGCUGUCUCAGGAAGACAACUGGCGACGGGAAGGAGAAGAAUCCUGAUAAACUACUUACAACAUGUGCAAUAGAAAAAUUAUUAGAAGAACUAGAAGUUUUAGAGAAGGAGUUUGAUGACACUUGGAGCGACCAAGAAGCCAGGUUAAUAUUCUGCCUCAAAGUCAGGAAAUACGAAGAAGAAUUCAAAGUGGUAUUAUUACUGAUUGAGAACAUAACAGAGAAGAUUAACUCUGAGAGCAGUAUAGGAAACGCAAUCGAGGAAUGCAACACAUUCUUAGUAAGACAUUCAGAAUGGGAAGAAGAAAGCAAAGAGGCCUUCGACAGGUCAGAACAGCUGACCAAGACUGGAGAGGAAUUGAUGAAAAAUGAGAAGUUCCCCAUGGAGGCGGCCAGCAUCGGGCCAAAGUGCACUGAGCUGGACAGCAGAACCUCCAACCUUCAAGAGAACCUUGUAAACCGACGCACCAUGCUGGAGAGAUCACUUGAGCUCCAUCAAAGGAUACAAAAGGCCGAUGAUUGGUGCAGCGACGGCAUGAAGCUUCUAGCCUCGCAGGAAAUGGAUCAGUCCCAGUCCAAAGAGGGAGCCGAGAAGUACUUGCGCCAGAUCGACGAGGAGCUGACCAGGUUUCGGGAGCUCAAACUCAGCGACCCUCGAGAGUUUCGUCAGAUGUUUGCCGACAUACUCACGAUAGAGGGCAAGUUUGAGCAGCAUAAGAAUCUUGUAAGAGACGCUGUCACGAAGAUGGAGGACGUCAGGUCACUCUUCGAGAAGCGACGGGAAGGUCUGAAGAACAUCAUCGCCAAGUUUGAGCGACCGGUGGUCAAGAUGGCCCCCGUGGCACCCCUUCAGCAGUCCCCCCAGUCCUCCACAUCGUCCACACCCCACAGUUCACCCUCUGCAGGCAAGCUAGGUGUCCCACAGAAUGGUAACUCCGCCCCUCUAUCACCCAGACAGAAACACAAGAAAGGCAAGGGACAGAAGUUGGACCGUAAGAUUGAGAUUAUCCGUGAUGACUCGCAACCCUUGAGUUUCAGCAGUGAUGGUGAAUUCCAAGAUGAUGUGGAUUGUAACUCUCUCAGUUAUAAGCGCAGAAUUCUCAUGAAAAUGGGUGUGUGCCCCAAGUCGUACACCCACCAAGACAACGGUUUCCAUCACUUCGUUAUGGAAAAGAACCACUCCAAUUCCUUUAGAUCCCUUGCUCAGUAUAAACUGAGACAUGUGGUCAAGGAGUUGAUUGAGACAGAGAAGAUCUAUGUGAAGGAGUUAGAAGCGGUUUUAACCGGUUACAUCCGGAAGAUGGACAACCCUGGCCUGGCAGAACCCUCACUGCGGGGAAAUACAGAUGUACUCUUCGCCAACUGGGAACAGCUUUACAUCUUCCAUAAAAGUAAAUUCUUAGUAGAACUGGAGAGCUACAGAAAUACACCCACCCUUGUCGGUAAAUGCUUUGUAGAUAUGAAAGAUGAGUUGGAUCAUUUAUAUAGUGUCUAUUGCCAAAACAAACCAAGGUCAGAAUUAUUCAGGAGAGAAUGUGGCACAAAUAACACAUUUUUCCAAGAAUGCCAAAAGUCAUUAGGCCACAAGCUUCCGCUCAGUGCUUACCUAUUGAAACCCGUUCAGAGGAUAACAAAGUAUCAACUCCUCCUCAAGGAGAUGAUGAGAUAUUCACCGAUGGAGAAAGGAGCAGACGACCUUCAGGCUGCUCUAGACUGCAUGCUAACAGUACUCAAAUAUGUCAAUGACUCCAUGCAUCAAGUAGCCAUCACUGGAUAUGAUGGAACCCUUUCAGAUCUGGGUAAGCUUCUAAUGCAAGGUCCGCUCCAUAUGUGGACGGAACACAAGAGUCGUCACAACCUCAAAGACAUUCGUCAGAAGCGGAUGCAGCGUCACAUCUUCCUCUAUGAGAGGGCGGUGCUCUUCUGCAAGAGGCGAGGGGACAUCCGCGACAAGACAUUCUACGCCUUCAAGAACAGUAUUUCUACACCAUCAUUAGGUUUGACAGAGCAUGUGAAAGGAGACAAGAAGAAGUUUGAGUUGUGGCUCGGUGGCAGAGUAGAAGUAUUCAUCUUACAGGCACCAACAGAGUCUGACAAGAUUGCAUGGACCAAGGCCAUCAGACAAGCCCUUCUCGUCACCAAAGAACCAACAGGGAGGAAAACUGCCCAAAAGCCCAUCAUAGAGAACCAUUUAGAAGUUCUUCAAGCCAACACCAAUGCGGGUAACAACAAUGGUCUCUCUCUACCCUCGCCGACGAGUGACUCGUCGUCAGCCGGUAGCGCGAACCCGUCGCUUACGAGUGAGCCCUCGUUAGAGAACGAUGAGGAGUAUGAUGACUGGGGCAGCGCAGAGUUCACAGAUUCGGAAGACGAGAUAUUAGAUCGGGAUUGCUUAUCAGAACCGGUUGACAUGAACCAAUAUGUGGUGCUUGCAGAGUACAAUGUCGUCGAGUCCGGGGAGCUUGCCGUGCAGGAGGGGGAGAUCGUCGACGUCCAGAAGGUCGGUAAAGCGGGUUGGUGGCUGGUUCGGAAACACACCAGCAACGAACAGGGCUGGGUGCCAGCCAGCUACCUGGAAAUGCUUGCUAGUCGCAUCUCACGUUCAAACCACUCCCUUAGCAGUCAAGAGAGUCCGGAUGAACGGUAAACACAAAAGAGAGAAUGGAAAGAGAUGAGACUCCUUCACUCCCUCAAACUUUCUUCGUUCGUGUGCAGGCCACCUAAUUGGACACUAUAUAGCGCCAUCUAGUGGCUAGAACACUAUAAUUGAACACAUACAGCAUUCCUGCAUCUGCGAAGUUAGGACUUCAUAGCAGACAUCUGAAGAAAUUUUGGAGUUAACGUGCCAGAGCCGGUAUGUGUAUCCAUUUCAGCUGGGCAUAUGGAACUCGGAUGGUUUAACUUAAUAUUGCAUUCUUUAAUGGCAUAUAGGAGCUGCCACUUUGGAUGCUGAAAUAGAGCAGUUGUCCGCGUUUGCAUCAUCUGAAUUACAUGUCUAAGUAUAUAUGUAGUUCAAAAUAUUCAAUUUUGAACUUUUAUAUAUUGCAAAAUUUAACAACAUGUGGGACUGACAUCUUGAGAUGCUGAUAUUUAGCAGAUUUUGCAGUCUUGCCGGUUUUGCGAGCCUUCACCAUCCAACCACUUGUAUGAAGGUGUAUCUAGGUCCAAGUGCUACUCCUGGGUCGAGAGAGACGACCGCAUAGGAAAUACGUAAUGAUAUGGCAUCAGGCAACGUCAGUAUUCCGUGUUGAACAUGCUUCUUUAAACCUGUUUACCUAUGAUUGCACAUCAGAAACCAUUAUCAAAUAUUGUAUGAAAUCAUGGGGGGAUGUGUUUAAAAACGGUUGCCAUGACAACAAAGAUGGACAAUGGAUGUUGGGAUGUGUAUAUGCCUAUUUUCUCAAAUAUUGAAAUAUCCCACUCUGUUAAUAUAAGAAGCUGUAAGCUUACAAUGCAAAAAAAAACUUGUAUACCCUCAUUGAAUAUCAGUCCAUAUAACAUGAUAAUAAUAAUAUAGGUAUAUUUACCCAGGGAAGCCAUUUCAGUCCUGAAAACUGUUCUCCCAGCGGGCCCUGCUAUUAUUAUUACCCUGGCUUUAGCUGGGCUGCCUAGGCGCUCAAGCAUUCAAGGAAUUUCUUCCUACCGGGUACCCAUUCACCUCGCCUGGGUUGAUUGCAGCACAAUAUGGAUAAAUUUCUUGCUGUAGGAGAUUAUGCCAUGGCUGGGAUUCGAACCCACGACCCUCUGUUUCAAAGUCACAAUGGUCCAUUGUGAACAUUCUUCUAGGACACACUUUGGGAUCACUUGAUUUUAUGAAGUAUUGAUUGAAAAGAGGGUGUAAACGCUGGUGUUUAAAUUCUCGAUAGUAUUAAGGUUUUUACUUUCUACCUCUACAAACCAUGUACAUGUAUUUGCUUUGCGAGUAUGGAAUGCACAACCUUAUCAAAAAUUAUAUCUGAAAUCACUUGAUUUAAUCUUCCAUAAACGUCUUGUCUAGCUACAUUUUUUGUUGUGUGGUGCACACAAUAUUGAUUAAUUUAUUUUUAUUAGCAAUGAUUUAUGAUUCUUCACACAUUUUAUUUAGAACAAAAUAUAUAGUAUAUGUUGAGGUGUAAUAUUAUUUCAUUUAUCAAAACUUCCUUUUAUUUUGAUUGUUGAUUCACAAUGCUCGAACACACCUUUGCUGUUAAUUUAAAUGAGAUUUGAAAACUAAUUUAUAUAUGAUUAUGUUUGUAUAUAUGACUAAAUUGCCAAUUUGAGGAUGCUUAAUGAUUAACUUGCCAGUUGCGUAACAGUAACAUAAGGUACCAAAUAGAUUUAUCAAUAGAAAAUAGUAAUUGAUACUAGGUUUAGUAUUACAAUAUCUUUUGCUUCUUAGCUGUCAUUAUAAUAUCUUUAGUUGCAUUUAUUGGGAAUGAGAGAUACAUUUAUGAAAUGAUUUUAUAUUUCGUUUUAUUUCAUAAGCUUUUUUAUUUGAGCAUUUUCUGUUUGAUGUAUGAUUGCCAGAAGUCAAGAGGUCUAAUGUUUUUACAGGGUUUUGUUUGUGUUUAUAUAAAUCAGAAUAUUUAUGCUUUGCAAUAUCUUUAAUUUUCUUAAGCCCAUUGCUUACUGGUUUCAGGUAACUCCUGUACAAAACUCACUGGCGUUGCAGAUCUCAGCAGUCAAUAGGUUAACCUACAUGUAUGUAUUCUUUAGGUUUUAGAUUUGUACCAGUUUCUUUACUAUCAUGAAGUCUUAUCAACAAUCACUCGUAUGAAAUCACUUCCAGACAAAUCUACUUAGUAUUUCUUCAAAUUUCACUUUUGAUCUGCGUAUGCUUCGUAAGAACAAGUAUUUUCCAUCAUCACUUUUAUUUGAAUAUCCUUUUUAUGUAAAAUUUAGUUAUUACAGUAAUAUUUUUCUGCUUGCAAUACCAUAAUUAUGCUAUCAAAGAUAUUUGGUGGGUAUGUGUGCAUUAAGAAUAUUUCAUAGUUCAAAAAAAAAAAUAUUGGCAUUUGUGCUUAAUUGUAUAUCUGUUUCACAUUACUAGAAUACUGUCAGAAUUAUUAUGCUUAUAUGCUUUUUUGAAUUAUUUAUGUAUUUAUACUUUGUUUUGCAGUCUUUUAAUUAGGUUACAAUUCUUCUUGUAUUUUCAAGAGUUUAAUUUCCUUCAAUCAGGCGAAAAAAAAUCAUUUUAGUGUUACAAUCCAAAUAUGUACAUGUACACUUUUGAGUAAGAACUCUCUUUGAGCCAAAGAACUAUUGAGAAAAUAUCUGUUCCAAAUUAUAUUUGAAAAUAUACAUUUCA